AUGGAGAAGAUCUACCUGAAGGUGUUCGAACUGACAGGGCUAAAGGAAGACGAGACAGGAAAAUACUACAUAAAAGUGUAUUGGAAGAACAAAAAGUACAAAACGGCAAUACAGGAAGAUGGGUACUAUUUUUUCAACGAAGUUUUCCUCAUACCAGUAGAGCACGUAGCCGAUGAAAAAAACGAAAUCCUGUCGAUCGAAGUGUGGCUUAGCUCAUUAUUUAAUACAAAAGUUGCCUAUACUUUUUUUACAUUAGAUUUCAUAAAAAAGGAAAAAACAGUCAAGCAAAAGGUGAAACUAAUUGACAUAUUAAAGAGCUGCACUUUGGAGUUAUCUGUAAAUAUCGUACGGGACCAAAUGGAUGUAACUUUUUUUAACGUUAAAGAAAUAUAUCUCCAUAAGACGGAUAAAGAGAUAAAAGAUGCCAUUUCGAUGCAUCGAACUGAAUCGGAAGUACUUCGAGUGUUCCGAAGUGAAUACGCGCGCAGCAUUAAUUUACCUCCCCAAAGGGUGCCCACACAUGGGAAUCACUGGGCAGCACCGGGUGCCCCUUCCACGAAUCAGUGGGAAGGACCGAAUGCACCUUUCACGAAUCAGCGGCCAGGACACAGUGCACCUUCCACAAAUCAGUACGUUCAAAGGGAUGACCCUCGAAAGGACAGCAUGCACCCCCCCACUGGGGCAGAUUCCUAUGCGUAUGCAGCAACCGCCUAUGUUCCCAUGACCCCCGCGACGGGUAUGACGAAUAGUCACUACCAUUACACUCCAGUGGUUCACCAAAAGGAAUUAACCACUGCAAGCGGUAAAAUCCCCGCUUCUGUGCCUAGUCAAUUGAAUACUGGGGCGGUUUUGGCCAAUCACUGUUCACAGCAUGAGGUUAUAAAAAUGAACACGAGCAUAAAUAACCCUGGCGAGAAAUAUGGUUUGUGUAACCCCCGCAUGGUAGAUGAUUUUUACGGAGGGGCAAACCACAGAAACCAAGUUCUACACCAAAUCGGCAUGCAUAACGUCGGUGCAGCGUCGCUCUACUCAGACAGAAUCCUGCAGCGCACCUCUGGAAACAAAAAAAAGGCACUGCUCAUUGGAAUAAACUAUUACGGUUCCAGGGAAGAAUUAAGUGGCUGUACAAACGACACAGUCCGAAUGAUGAACCUGCUAAUUUCAAAAUAUAAUUUUCACGAUUCUCCGACAAGCAUGGUUAGAUUAAUCGACAACGAGAGCAACCCUAAUUAUAGGCCUACCAAAAAAAAUAUUUUAUCCGCCUUGACUUGGCUCACAAGGGAUAAUGAGCCUGGAGAUGUUUUCUUCUUUCUAUACUCUGGACAUGGAUCCCAACAAAAGGACUACACAUACUUGGAAGAUGAUGGAUAUAAUGAAACCAUCCUUCCUUGUGACCAUAAAACGGAGGGACAAAUUAUCGAUGAUGAGUUGCACAGGUUCUUGGUUCAACCUCUGAACGAUGGAGUUAAAUUGAUUGCGGUGAUGGAUUGCUGCAAUGCGGGUAGUUGUAUCGAUCUGGCUUAUAAGUAUAAACUAAAGUCGAGGAAAUGGAAGGAGGUGAAAAACCCCUUCCACGUGAUGUGCGAUGUUAGCCAAUUCAGUGGCUGCAAAGAUAUGGAGUUCUCUCACGAAAUUGACACAGGAAGACAUGCCCCCGGGGGGGCACUCGUCACGGCGAUGAUACACGUUUUGGGGGCAAGCGAGGCGUCACAGGGGGCUCCACGUGGGGCCAACCCACUCACUUACGACCACCUAUUGCAAAACGUGAGCAGCUACAUCAACAGAUAUCACGACCAGAAAAUUGUUUUCAUGGCUUCGCAAAAAUUCGACCUCGAUCGCGUUUUCGACUUCGACCACAUCCUCAAAAAUAAGAAUGGCAAUUUGGGACAAAAUGUGAACAAACUCGUGCAGAAAAAUAAGAAGAGUAAGAAGAGCAAGAAGAACAAACAUGACUUCUUCUCCUUCUUCUGA